AUGGACCAAUUCCUUGAAGAGAUUGAAGAGCCAGUGAGUCCUCAUGGACAAUACUUUAACAGCUCUGUGAUCUGUUCAUAUAUCUUUGGCUUUCUGGAAUUAGCCAUUCCAUUUGAUGUCUCACUAGCUAUACCUUUGAUCAAAGAUGUUUUCAUCCCUAUCAAUCCACGUUUCUCCUCUAUUAUGGAUCUAUAUCUCUUUCAUACUUUAUUAAUUUCUGCCAAUACUCACAAUUUACAUACCAAAUUUCAAUUAUUAUUCUAUUUGCAACAGGUAAGACACGAAGAUGGUAAGAUGAUAUGGAAAAAGGUUGAAGUGAAGCCUGAAGAGCAUGUAAAGAUUCCUAAAUUUCCUGAAACAAAAAACUCAUCACCAAUUGAAUUAUAUGACAGUCAUCUUAGUGACCACGUAGCAAGUAUUCUAACUGAAAGAACACUGGAAGACAAACCACUUUAG